GACCCAAUUCAUCAUCAUCCUCCUUAACCUAACGUAGAUAUUGGUUUGCUUCUAUCAAUUUCACUCCUAAAUCUUACAGAAUUAAUGAUCUCAAAUCACAAAUCUUGAUCGCUACAUCGAAAACCCUAGAUAUUAAGUUACGAUUUCUGGGGUUUCUUCCAAUGCCGAUGCCUUCGUCUCGGAGGUUCUUCCACGCUCGCCAAUAUCCAUCUAACAUUGGUCCUAGAUCAAUCGUGCUAACCAUCUGUUUCCUAAUUGGAUUAUCCGGAUUGUUGUUUUUCGGCAUUGUUGGUUUUAGACGAGAUUUCACAGGAGUGUAUGAAUGUAAACAUGAUAAACCUAUUUCGGUGUCUGUGUCUUGGGAUAAAAGUGGUGGUUCUACCGGUUUGGUUUCUGAUAAGAGGCAUAAGGUGAUGGGUUUUGUUGGGAUUCAGACGGGUUUUGCAUCGGUUGGUAGACGGCGAUCGUUGAGAAAGACUUGGAUGCCUUCUGAUCACCAAGGUCUUCAACGCUUGGAAGAGUCCACUGGCCUGGUCUUCAGGUUCGUCAUUGGUAAAACCCGUGAUAAAUCAAAAAUGGCAGAGCUCAGGAGAGAGGUGGAGGAAUAUGAUGACUUCUUGAUUUUGGAUAUUGAAGAGGAGUAUAGUAAGCUCCCAUACAAAACGAUAGCUUUCUUCAAAGCUGCAUAUGCACUUUAUGAUUCCGAUUUUUAUGUUAAAGCUGAUGAUGACAUAUAUUUGCGACCAGAUCGCCUCUCACUGCUUCUGGCUAAAGAACGCCAUCAUACACAGACAUAUCUUGGAUGCAUGAAGAAAGGCCCUGUGUUCACUGACCCAAAGCUGAAAUGGAAUGAGCCACUAGGGUAUAUGCUUGGGAAAGAGUAUUUUCUCCAUGCUUAUGGCCCAAUAUAUGCUCUUUCUGCGGAAGUUGUUGCAAGCUUGGUUUCUUUAAGAAAUAACAGUUUCCGAAUGUUCAGCAAUGAGGAUGUUACCAUUGGUGCAUGGAUGCUUGCGAUGAAUGUCAAACAUGAGAAUAACCGUCAACUUUGUCAACCAGAAUGUACUGCUACAUCCAUUGCUGUGUGGGAUCUCCCCAAAUGUUCAGGCCUUUGUAACCCUGAGAAAAAGAUGUUGGAACUUCAUGCAAUGAAGAUAUGCUCAAACAGCCCAACUUUGCCAUCUGAUGAGAAUGCAGUUUAAGAUAUCAUUCUAGAUUUUGCCCCUACUGAAUUCACUCCAAAGUCCUUGGCUGGGUAUAUUUUUGUGUUUAGUCCACUCUCGUAUUGCAUACAUACCAACACCAAUCAGCCAAAAUGUGGUACCAGAGAAUUCUUUUGUUUCUGGAUGGGGUCAGUUUUGUUGUAUCACAAGUGUUAGUUCAGUUUCAGUCCC